GUCAACCAAAUCAUCAUUCGAACGUCAACCAUCAAAAUUUAAUAACAUACAAUUUGUCUAAUUAUUAUCGUUUUAUAACAAUGAUGAAUAAGACAUUAUUAAGUGUUCUAUUAGUUUUAACAAUUGCGGUAUGCAUUGUUUACUGUGCACCGGAACCAGAACCAAAUAAGGGAGGCGGCGGUGGUGGAUAUGGCGGUGGUUAUGGCGGAGGAUCUAUAUGGGAUUUGAAAUCAAAAUUUGGAUGGGGUGAUUAUGGCGGUGGUUAUGGAGGCGGACACGGUGGUGGCAGACGAGGUGGUCACGGACGUUAAUUACAUGAAACAA